AUGGCCGACCGAUUCCCCGCCCUUGACGAUAUUACUGGAGAUGAGCCGAUUCCAACCCCCGACGGGACCGGCAACAAGGCCAGCGAGGAUGACAGCGAUUUCCUUGCUCGUGAGCGUGCAGCAUUAGGAGACGAUGCUGAUCAGUUUAUCUCGGCCAGUGAUAAUAGACCUUCUGUCACAGUUGAAGAUGACGACUUGCUUGGAGGAGGAGGUGGUGACGAUUUGAUGCCCCAUGAUGAUAACUCCGGAUUUGAAUCGAGCUACCCAGCCAUUGAAUCGCAGAACGAGAACGUAGCUCCAGGCGGCACCAUUACCGGAGUUGACUCGCCAUUCCAACCAUCAUACAACCAAGAGCCAGAGGAGGAAUCAGAGGCCGUCCGUGAAUGGCGAGAAAAGCGAGAUGCAGAACUAUCCCGUCGGGCAGAGGCAUCGGCUGAGAAGAAGGCGGCAACUGUCUCCAAAGCUCAGCAAGAUAUUGAUGAUUAUUACGAAUCCUACAACAAACGCACCGACAAGGCCCGGGAGCGCACCCGUGCGGAAGCUGAAGAGUUCCUCGCAAACAGAGAAGACACCGCUGCUGGUGGAACAAGCUGGGAGCGUAUUGCCAAACUCGUCGAUGUUAGCGGGAAGGGAAUCAAGGGUGGCGCAAGUGGUUCCGGCAAAGAACGGUUCAGAGAACUUUUGCUGGAACUGAAGAAAGACGAGAAAGCUCCGGGGGCCACAGGAGUUUAG